AUGUCCAAUCAAGAUCAACACCCUCUGGAAAGAGGAGUAUCUGCUCUGCCGAAAGGCGUAAACAACAGAGCCAACUUCCAUCUGGUGGCUUGGCAUUGUCAGUCUCAAGACCUCCGAGCGGGUCUCUAUGGCAGCAACCGUCUCGGGCUGUCGAGUAGGAUGGACCAGUUGCACGAAUUCCUAUGGCUCACGAUGGACCUGUCUGGUCUAGCCAUCCGGGAACACUGGUUCUGUUCAUACAAUCCAAGUAGGGACCAGCACUGUCGGAAGUAG